GCAGUUUCCCUAAAAUUAACCUUUAGAUCCGUGUGGCCUACUGCUGAUUUUAAAGAUUUUCCAGCUCGGAGCUGACCGCGAAGUGCGAGAUGCGGGCGGGAGUGGGGCCCAGUUAGCACGUGGUUACCUUAGCAACCUUACCCCGACAGGCAGUACACGGCCAGAGGAAGAGCUGGAUAUGAAAAUAAAUAGUCACCGGCAGCCUGAUGUGCCACUUGUCAAGCGACAAUUCAUGGGUUUGAAAUUAGUCGAGGUUCCUAAAUGGACAUUAAAACGACUGCUUUCUCCAAAAUCUAUCCUCGAUGCUCUCUGCAGAGGCCACAAUGCCUAUUAUAAGAAGUACAUCCAUGUGAAGAAAGGUGGGAUUGGUGGAGUUGCAAUGUUCCUAAUGGGCUACGUUGUAAUCAGCUACAUAUGGGAAUACAGCCACAUCAAGAAUGAUCGCUGGAGGAAACAUCACUAAACAGCUCUACUAAUACAUGACAGAUCAAGGAAAUACUUCAUGGUUACACCAGUGAAUUCAAAUAAUCAUCGCUGAACUGAAACCGUGAAUUGAAAUAUUGUUAUUGUAGUUGGAGGAGGCAGCGUUCUCUACAAAUUGAGGACAAUAAAAUUUCCUUCUACCUUCUUUCCUAAUGUUCCAUUGGCAUUUGGUAAUUUAUAUGCAAGUGUUAGUUGUCAAAACAAAAAGUUUCUUCAUUUGAAGAAUUUAAAUGGUGUGGGCCUGGAUUUGGCUUCAUUUGAGGUAUAAUUGUUGAUGCAAAAUAAACCAUCCAGGGAGCACCUACUUCAAAGGCCCAAGUAUAAACCAAUUCAUUGUUUAUAAGAGAAACGUAAUUGAGUGGAUCAUUGAUCAGGUCAGGAAACAAGAUACCCCAAACUCUUUAACGGUGCAGAAGCAGAUUUAUCAUCACCACCAGCAUGUGACAUGAAAUUUGUUAACUUAGUGGCAGCAAUACAAUGCAAUAGAUGAUAAAUAUAGAAAAUCAAAUAAAUCAAUUACAGUAAGUAUAUGCAUUAUAUUAAGUAGUUAAAUUAAAAAUAGUGCAAAACAAGAAAGAAAAAAGUUAUUCAUGAGCUCAUGUUAAGAAACAGUAGUAGCUGUGAACUUUCAUUUUCUACAAAGAUUGUGCCUGAGCUUGAAAGACCACUAUUAUCACUAUUUAUAAAGAGAGAUCAAGUAAUUACAUGCCAGUUAACCUAAUAAUGUUGGUGGGCAAUUUACUGGAAGAAUUUCCAAAGGACAGUUAAUCAUUCAAUAAGUUAAAGGUAAUCAGAGAUAUUUGGUAUUAAUUUAAUAGGUCAAAGCAUUGCCUGAUUAAUUAGUGAAUUCUCCGAGUUCAAUGAGAGUAGUAUAGUUGUAGUGUACAUGAAAAAGGCAUUUAAUAAAGAUCUAUUAGACAGACUUAUCAUAAAAGUGUGUGUUAAUGUAUCCAAGGGAAAAUGGCAAAUUACAAAGAAAUGCAAAGUAGUAUCAUGGUUGACAGGAAUUUCUAGAAAUACACAUGGGAGUUUCAUGAGCUCUAUGUACAUGGGUCUACUGAUUAAUAAAUUAAUAAUUGAGACUUGUAAGUUUGCAGAUGCUACCAACAUUAUCAGUGUGCUUAACAGUGGGUGUAACUUGUAGGCUGAAAGAUGUAAUCAUAGACUGAACAGGUUGAUAGGAAAUCAAUACAUAAAAUUCAAUAUGGAAAAGUGUGGGUUAAUGCAUUCUGCAAUGGCAAACAAAGCAAUGGAAUUCAUAAUAAUUGGAAGGACAUUAUAGAGCAUAAGGACAAUAUUGGUGCACAUCUAUAGAUCCCUUAAAAUAGCGGGGUUGGUAGAUAAGCUAAUUAUGGAUUAUGAAAAGUUAUGUAUAUCCUCCAAAGAGUUUAUCAAAAAUCUCCAUCCCAGGAAACCUUACUUGCAUAGCUUCCAAAAGAUCUCACAGGAAUAAAUAUGGAUUCUAAAACUGUACACAAUAAUUUACCAGCACACUGUAAAGUUCAUCAAAACCUUUCAUCUUUUAGUUAUCUUUGCAAUAAAAGCUAACAUUCCAUUAGUCUAUCUAGAUCCUUGCUUUACUGGCAUCCUAACCUUUUGUUUUGGGUAGGACUCCAGAUCCCUUAACAUUUUGUCAGCUCACUGCAUUUAUAUUCAUGUUUUUUUUUAAUUCUCCCUUCUGAAGUCCACAUGGUACUGCAUCUGCCUUUUUAAUCCACUCACUUAACCUAUUAUAUUUACACGUUGCUCACCUUUGUAUCAUCAGCAAUAUACAGUUGCAAGAAAAAGUUUGUGAACCCUUUGCAAUUACCUGGUUUUCUGCAUUAAUUACUUAUAGAUGAAGAUUGGACCACAUUUUAAGUCACAAUAAUAGACAUACACAAUCUGCCUAAACUAAACACACAAAUAAUUGUACUUUUCAUGUCUUGAUUGAACACAUUGUUUAAUCAUUCACAUCAGGCUGCAAAAAGUAUGUGAACCCUUGAAUUUAAUAACUAGUAGAACCUCCAUCAAACGUUUCCUGUAACUGCUAAUCAGAUUUGCACAACGGAGAAGAGGAAUCUUAGACCAUUCCUUCAUACAAAACUGUUUCAGUUCAUUACUAUUUCUGGGAUACCUUGCAGGAACAACCCUCUUCAGGUCAUGCCGCAGCAUCUCAAUUGGGUUAAGGUCUAGAUUCUGACUUGGUCAUUCCAAAACAAAAAUUUCUUCUUUUUAAACCAUUCUGUUGUUGUUUUACACGUGUUUUGGGUCACUAUCUUGUAGCAUCAUCCAACUUCUCUUCAGCUUCAGGUACAGACUGCUACCCUGACAUUCUCCUAUAAAAUGUCUUCAUACAAUUUUGAAUUAUUCCCUCAACAAUUGCAAGCUGUCCAGGCCCUGAGGCAGCAAUGCAGCCCCAAACCAUGGUGUUCCCUCCACCAUGCUUUACAGUUGGGAUGAGGUUUUGGUGUUAAUAUGCAGUGCCCUUUUUCCUUCAUUUCUGCCAAAAGUUCAACUUUUGUCUCAUCUGUCCACAGAACAUUGUCCCAGAAGCAUAGAGGACAUCCAGGAGGUCUUUUGCAAACUUGAGAAGUGCAGCAAUAUUUUUUGGAGAGCAGUGGUUUCUUCCAGGGUGUCCUUCUAUGAACACCAUUCUUGUUUAGUGUUUUUCUUAUCGUGGACACAUGAACAGAGACUUUAGCAAAUUCUACAGAUUUCUGCAGGUCUUUUGCUGUUGCCCUUGGGUUCUUUCUCACCACCUUCAGAAUUGCAUGUUGUGCUCUUGGUGUGAUCUUUGCAAGACACCCAGUCCUAGAGAGAGUAGCAACUGUACUGAAUUUCCUCCAUUUAUAGACAAUCUCUCUUACUGUGGGCUGAUGAACACUCAGGUUUUUGGAAAUGCUUUUGUAGCCUUUUCCUGCUUCCUCUACAGGUUCUCUGUAAGCUGUUUUGAGCAGACAUGGUGCACAUAAACAGAUCUUUCUUAAGAGCAGGCUCCAUCUGUAACCUGACUGUGUGUGUCUUUUUCAUAGGGCAGGGCACCUCUACAACACACACCUCCAAUCUCACCUCAACACCUGACUCUAAAUAGCUUAUCCCAGAGGUUCACAUCCUUUUUUGAAGCUAAGCUGUUUAAAUGGUGUACUCAGUAUUGAUGAGAUGAGGUACGGUUGUUAGUGUAUAUUAGUUUAGGCAGGUUGUGUUUGUCUAUUAUCAUGGCUUAGUUGAAGAUCAGACCACAUUUUGAGUAAUUAAGGCAGAAAUCUAGAUUAUUACAAAGGGUUCGCAAAGUUUUUCUUACAACUGUACCUGUUUAUGUUUAAAACAUGGAGGUUCCAGCAAUUAUCCUGAUGGCACUCCACUAGAUUUGAAAAAUAACCCAUUUUAUCUCCUAUCAAUAUCAAUGUUUACUUCAAUCUCAUCUGCCCUUAUGCAGGCAACAACCUUAUAGAUAUCAAAAUAUCAUCUACUAGUUCCCGUUUGAUACACCGUCAAAGAACUCAAACUCAAAUUGUCAGUUUCUUUCAUGAAACUAUAUUGGAUCUACUGAAUUGUUCUAUGAUUUUAUAAAUUUCUGCUAGCUCUUUGUAAUAGAUCAUUGCAAUUUCCUAGAGACAGAUGAAGUUAUCGGUUUUAUAGUUGGCAGCUUUCUGACUUCAUCCUUUCUUGCAAAAAAGCAUGUUACAUGUGCAGUUUCCAACAUCUGGGACCCCUCAAGGAAGUUUAGUAGAUUGCAAUCAACAGGUCCGUGGAACUUGAGAGCCUUUAACCACAUUAGUUUACCCAAGUAAUUGUUUAAAUGAUAGGUUGCUCUAACCCCCGAUCAUCUAUAAUUGGGACUUUAGUGCUUGCUACCAUAUAUAUAGGCAGGAUAUUGAGAGAUAUUAAAAAGAAUUUUCAUGAUCCCAUUGAACCUUUUUAGUUGCCUUUCAAACACCUUCCUACCCUUAUAGUUACAGAUUGGCUUUAAUGCUUGCUAUUUCUUCUUUGAAUGCUUCACACUGUGUAGAUGUAGCCUUAUCUGCAAGUAGAUGCCCCCAAUCUACCUCCUUAUGUUAAUGAAAUUGACCUCUCCCCCACAAUUUAACACCUUUGUUACUGGUCAAUCCCUAACUUUUUCCAAAAUUACUUUACAGAGACAUGGUCUGUAUCUAGAAAGUAAUUUCCCACUGACACUCCCUCCACCUGACUAGCCAUAUAUAUUCCCAGGGUCCAGUAAUGUUACUUCUUUCAUUAUUCACCUUAACUACUAAAUCACAUAGUCUCUGGACACAACUCAAGAAUUCAACCCCAAGUCUUUACCACUAAGGCAAUCCCAGUUAAUAUUUCAGAAAUUGAAAUCCACUAAUCUAACAACACUAUCUUGUUCAUCAAUCUCCGGUUGACUGUUGAGAAAUCUGUAAUAUACCCACUAAGUGACUUUCCCCUUGUUUCUAAUCCCUACCACAUGGCUUCUUUUGAGGAGCUAUUUAGGAUAUCAUGCCAAUAAUGAAGUAAUGCAAUCUGACGAACAGUGCAAUACCCUCUCCCCUUUUACUCCUGAAAAUUAAAUACCUGGAGAAAAGACUUGUCAGUCCUACCUGCCCUUAAACAUGUCUCAGUAAUGGCAACAAUAUUGUAGAACAUCCCCCACCACCUUCCUCCUUGUGUGUGGCCUCAAGGCCAAGAAGCUUGGAGAUGAGGCACAAGCCCAACAUCGACUCCAUUUCUCACUGAUCUCACCAAUUAAAGCGGCAAGGAAGGUUGAAAUCAUCGAGGCAAGAGGGUGCUCAGCGCCAUUUACCAGCCUCUUGCUUGCUACUUCUGGAGGAAGCUGUCUGCGUGUGACGGAUCUCUCUCGCUACUCCUGAUGGAAGGUCCCUGCAUUUGAAAGGUCUCUCUCUCCCCCCCUCGAGCUGUGCCAGAGUUCUUGGGCAAGGUUUAAUCGAUGCUUGUUUGUGGUUUGGACUCUAGUCAACGUUAUGAUGCGUCUCUGGUGGCUCAUUUUGUGAGACUUUGAAUUGGGCAGCCUGCAGAUAAAUAACACUGAGCUGAACUGAAUAUACUGGAUAGACAUGAAGGAAGGGGAGGUGGGGUGGCGUUGCUGGUUAAAGAAGAGAUUAAUGCAAUAGAAAGGAAGGACAUAAGCCGGGAAGAUGUGGAAUCGAUAUGGGUAGAGCUGCGUAACACUAAGGGGCAGAAGACGCUGGUGGGAGUUGUGUACAGGCCACCUAACAGUAGUAGUGAGGUCGCAGAUGGUAUUAAACAGGAAAUUAGAAAUGUGUGCAAUAAAGGAACAGCAGUUAUAAUGGGGGACUUCAAUCUACAUGUAGAUUGGGUGAACCAAAUUGGUAAAGGUGCUGAGGAAGAGGAUUUCUUGGAAUGUAUGCGGGAUGGUUUUUUGAACCAACAUGUCGAGAAACCGACUAGAGAGCAGGC